UUCAUUUCAUAACUUAAAGCAAUCGAGUUCAAACUUUUUGCUGAAAAUGGAGGACAAUGACUCGUGGCUAGCCCGAGACAAGCUCUAUCACUUCCUCUUCUGCUUCUCUCUCACUCUCUUCUUCUCCACAUUCGUCGCCCGAACCCCUUACCCGUUUCUACGUCGCCACUCUAUUCGGGUCGGGUCACUCUUAUCUCUCUUAGCCGGCGCCGCCAAGGAGUUCGCCGACGAGCUCGGCUUCUUCCACUCCGCCGGCGCCUCCGCUAAAGACGCCGUCGCCAAUUUCAUCGGCGUCGUCGUCGCUUCGCUCCUGCUUUCUCUGGUUCGAUACUUGGCCCGAUCCGAUAAUGAGGCGGGUCGGAUCAAAGAGCUCAACAUGGUUUGAAUGCGCCUUUGGUUUGGUGGGUGUUUUGGGGAUUUGGGAUUUGGAGGAAUAAGAAUUGGGCAUUGUGGUUUUUGAUGAUCACUGAAGUAGAGAGUAACUUUUGGCUUGACGAGGGUGUUGAGCAGUCAUCUUCUGAAGCUCCUUGUCAAAGGCUUUUCACCUUCUUCCUCUGGCAGCUUGACUGCUGUGUAGGUUCCUGCCCCGCAUAGUGCCCCAAGAACUGGUGCAGUGAGGUAGACCCAUAUGGCUUUGAAGUUGUUUGCAGCUAUGGCUGGUCCUAGUGUUCUCACGGGGUUCAUCGAAGCUCCUGUUGUCUCCCUGCAUAUUAGUGUGAAGGAAAGGUUUCAGUAGAUCAUCCUUUUUAUAUUGACUUGUUGAAUAUAUGUUUACAAAAAUCUUGAAAGUUCAAUUUGUGAUUUUUAGACACACAGGCAUAGAUAAUUUAUAGGUUGUAAUUCAGUCUUACCCAGCAAUGAGUAUGUUAAGC